GCCUCUUCACGCCCUAAAUCUGGGUCCACUACUCCUACCUACCUACCCUCUCCCGUCAUUUCUCGUGCGACCCAGCAAAGCCUCCUACAUUAGAUUCACCUUUACGUCCCUCCCCCUUUAUUCUCAUGCCGCCAAUGGAAAGGUGUGGCUUCCAUGGCUGCUUCGAUGCACGAUGCCAUGCAACAGCCAUCUUCGAGUCAUAUCACGUGCAGAUUCACACCUUCGAAAUCUCCAUGGCCAUAGCGAUAUCUUCAAUGUAUGUCUCAGCGACAAACUACCGACGCCCCCGCCGGCGGUCCAACCUCAUGCUGCAGGUGGUCCCUGCUCCGCUAAUUCUCAGUGACACAUCGCUUUAGGCUUCAACAUGCGACCCUUUUGCCAGAAAGCAUACUAGCAUGACACGAGUCAGACGGCGAACACAUCCGCCGGGAUUACCUGUCCACAUGCGUCGAUUGCGGCAAAUGAUCACGCGCGCGUCGCGCAUCUCCACGGCAUCAUCAGCACGCAGUUUGACAAAGGCAUUUCCCGCGGCGUCCUCUGUGCCCCGAGCUUGAGUCGCGCGGUCAUCCGCAUCUCCAGCGCUUUGCGCUGUUACGGUAUCGUCUGCUUCUGCCUAGAAAAUGCUCACAUUACCUCAUUUCCGUCUCCAAAGUCGUGCCCACCUCCUGAUCGAACGAACGACAUCUUUUGUCCGACGUUUUCUUCCGUCUUGUGUUUCGUGCUCUGCACACAUCUGAAAUGGCGACCGGCACCAGAUUCGCGUCCUCUCUCGGUUACCUCAAGUUCGCAUGGUCAAGGGGCAUGGCGGCGGCUGCGCACGGCGGGAAUGGCGGCGGCGGAGCUAUUUCCAAGGAGACGGCCUCUCAGAUUCAGAGCGCAACUGCAAAGAUGGGAGGCGGCGGGGGUAACUAAAGGAUCCGCUGCGGCUGCGGCGCAGAGAGCUGCAGACGCGCCGUCUAAGGUGACUGAGGAGGAUGUAGCGGCACUCCAAAGCUUUGCUGCGAAGACAGGCGGAGGGGUAGAGAAGGGUUCGCCUGCAGCGCAGGUUCAGAGCACGGCCGCUAGUAACCAGGGAGAGUAGAGUUGGUCGCGGCGCGGAACAGGGCAAGGCGAGAGCCUUUGCUGCGAAAUAGCCUUGCUUCGUUCAACUUCGGUGCUUGGGUUGCUUGCUACUUGGUGACUAAAGAGAAAUUUCUGAACCAAUUUCCAUCCAAAAGCACUACACCUAGGUGCAGAUCCAAGUUACAGUAUAGUGGUCCCACCCUCCCAACCGAACAUAGGUUCGGUUUCAGUUCACCCCUCAUUCGUCGCUCUCUAUUCUCAUACGGAAAGUGUGCUCGCCAUGGCUUCGCGUCAAGCGGGCCGACACCAUGCCAUGCAACAGCCGACCUUCGUGCCAUAUCUCAUGCAAGCUAGCAUUUUCGAGAUUCUAUGGCGAGAGCUAUCGUAUAGAUUCAAUAGUGGUCCAGCCUCAACCUGCUGGUGGUCCCUGCGUCCUGGAAGCUCAGUGACUUAGCGCUCGCGGCUGCUUUUUAACAUGCAAGAGCAGCCUCCUAACGAAAUGUAUAGCAGCGCGACAUCAUGAACGCGCGGUGACUUAGCGCUCACGGCUGCUAGCAGGUGACAUCAUGCAGGAGCAGCCUCCUCACGAAAUGUAUAGCAGCGCGACACCAGUCGAAGAGUUACCCACGUUCACGUGAAUACCUUGCUCCCAUGCGUGAAAGGGUUCGCUUUCUCUAUCUGCGCAUCGAGCAAGAGUCGCGCAUCGAUGAAUGCGGCUCGCUUGAAAUCUCAAUGGCGAUUCGGGUUGCCGCGCUUCGAAUGUGGAAGACCCAGCACCCUACACGGAGCCUUCUUUUGCCUUGAAAAACCCGUUGUUCUGAAGAUAUCUCGCACUUCACCAGGAGGCAGCCAGGCCCUGCUCUCGCACACCUUGGAGACCCACUUUCGAGCAUUCUCGUCAGCGGCAUUCGUUCUACCUUACUCGCAGCCGAUCAUCGAACCCUGUGAUUACGCCAUGACUAAGGGCGGCGGUGGCGGAGGCGAAGGCGGACACGGCGGCGGUAGCCACGGCGGCGGAGGAAGCCAUGGCUGAGGCGGACACGCCGGCGGUGGCGGGCACGCCGGUGGAGGCAGACACUCUGGCGGGGGCGGACACGCCGGCGGGGGCGGGCACGCUGGCGGGGGCGGGCAUACUGGCGGGGGCGCACAUGCUACAGGUGGCGGACACGCCGGGGGCGCUCACGGCGGCGGUGGACACGCUGGGGGUGGUGCUCACGGUGGCGGCGGCAGUCAUGGCGGAAGGAUCUCAGGGAAAACCGCUUCAGGGAUUCAGAGCACGGCCGCCCGCAUGGGGGGAGGCGGGGUUGCCAAGGGAUCCGGCGCUGCUGCGGCACAGCGAGCUGCGGCUGCCCCGUCCAAGGUAACCGGGAGCGAUGCUGCAGCACUGCAGGGCUUCAUUGCGAAGACAUCUGGGGGAGUGGCGAAGGGAUCCCCUGCGGCACAGGUUCAGAGCAUGGCCGCGCAUAACCAGGGGAACUAGGUCGUAGCAGGGCUGGGUUUUUGGCUGGAAUUCUUUUUGCACGAAGUGCCUUAGACCUUGUGGUCAGGUAGUUGUCUUGUGCAUGUCAUGCUAGUUCUUCUACAGUGGACCUGAUGGCUCGCGUCAUGUGUUCAGCCAACAAAAGAGACCACACUUGCUCGUAGUACAUAUUGUUUUAGACAAACGCAAACUCCGCUAAGCAUCUUGUAGUGCAUUAAGCGAAAAAAUGGCCCAUCGUUUA